UCCAAUAACCAGUGACUAGGCCCCACCCGGGGAUUUGCGCCCACAAUAGGAGACCUCACGUUCGCUCCGGGGGAAUUGUCCUAUGAGAUUUAAUUCUGUCAAGUGCAGGUGCACGUGAGUGUCUGAUUAACCUGAUUAAUCAUCUCGCAUCAUUGAUCUGUGAUUAUUGUUGAAGAAUUGUCGGGAGAUGGGGAAGAAGGGAAAGAACAAGCAGAAAAUCAGUGGCAGCGAGAAGACUGCUUUGAAGACUGAGAAGAAAUUGAAUGCUAAACAAAAAAAAGAUCUUGCGGCUAUCGGUGAGGAUGACAUCGAGAAGGUAGUGGCUCAGAUCGAGAAAGAAGAAGCCCAACGUCAAAAAGUUGUGGAAGCAACGAUCGAUCAACCCUCACGACGUGUGAACUUCACCCUGACAGCGCACCCCUUCAAAGAUGAGUUAAUAAUGCUUGGAGGAGAAUUCUUCGACGGCCAGAAAACAACCGUCUAUGGCGACAUGUUCUUCUACAACAUAAAUAAAAAAACGUGGACAGUUGUGAAAGCACCUGGUGCCCCUCCUCCCCGAUGUGGGCAUCAGUCAGUGGCAACUGCGAACGGAAAAGGAGAGCUCUGGGUGUUCGGUGGAGAAUUCUCAAGUCCAUCGGAGUCUCAAUUCUACCAUUACAAAGAUCUCUGGGUCUACCACAUUGGGAUAAAGAAAUGGGAGAAGGUGCAGGUGCCUGGUGGGCCAUCCUCGAGGAGUGGCCAUCGCAUGGUGUACGGAAAAAAACAGCUGAUCGUCUUCGGAGGCUUUCACGACAAUUUAAGGGACUUCAGGUACUACAACGACUUGUUCAUCUUUGAUCUGGGGGACUACAGGUGGAGUAAAAUCGAGUUGAGUGGUACGAUACCUCCUGCGAGGUCUGGCUGCAUCGUUCUACCAACCAGUGACAAUAAAAUUUUGGUUUAUGGGGGAUACAGCAAGGAGCGGAUCAAGAAAGACGUUGACAGGGGGCAGGUGCACACGGAUAUGUACCUCUUGGGUCCAGAUAAACACGACCAGACUGGACUCAGGUGGAAGUCUGUUGGGGUCAAGCAGAGUGGAAUCAGUAUCUCCCCGAGGUGCAGCACAUCUGCUAUCCUGGCACAGCCUCCCCUCGCUUACAUGUUUGGGGGAGUUUACGACGAGAAGGAAGACGAUGAAGAGCUUGAGGGAACGUUCUUCAACGAUCUGGUAGCACUCGACGUCGAGAAGCAUCAGUGGAGGUCUGUCAAUUUGAGUGGGAAGAGGGAUACGAAAGACAAGAGGAGAAGGAGAAAACAGGAGGGCUCUGAGGACGAAGAGGAUGAGGAAGGAGGCAAGGGGAUGGAAGUGGUUGAUCCUACUCCAGCUGUCACCACCAUUGAUGAUGGAAUCUUCACAGUUACUGUCGGUCCAGCACCAGUGACUUCCAGUCGUUCUAAUGGGGACCCCAAAAAUGACGUCUUUGUACCUUCUCCUAGGAUAAAUCCGGGUCUAACCGUCAAGAACAAUGUUCUGUAUUUAUACGGAGGCAUGUUUGAGAAUGGGAAUAAGCAGUACACAUUGAGUGAUUUCUACUGUUUAGAUCUUCAUAAAUUGGACGAGUGGCAGAAAAUCAUUGAAGAUGAUGUGUCAUCUCAGGUCUGGCUGGAUUCGGAUUCUUCGGAGUCUGAAGAGGAAGAUUCGAGUGGAGAUGGAAGUGACAGUGAUGAUGAAAAUGAAAUGGACGUUGAUUGAAAAUGCUUCAAAGGAAUUGAGUAAAUGUUGUGAGAUUUUUUCCAGAAAUAAAUUUUUUAUCAAACCGU